UGCAGCGAGGUGGACUGGGCUCCUCCAGCCUCCUGGACACCUGGACGCUCUGCUGCCCGCACGCCGAGCUCUUCUCUCGACUCUCAGAGGUCCGGAGCUCCGCGGCUCCUCCGCGGGGCUCUGCCAGCUCCUGCCCGGCUCAGAGCGCUCUGAGGUCGGGCGGAGGACGGACAGCAGCCCCUCAGAUGAAGACACUCUCGCCUCACCUUGCGAGGUCACAGUUUGACCUCUGACCCCUCUGAGGAGCAGCAGGAGCACCAUGCAGGGCGGAGCAGCGGAGGCGGGCCCGUCCCCCCUGAAAGAACACGGCGGCCUCAUCGACACCCACGGGCCGGGGGCGGAGCCUCCCCAGCAGCUGGACCCCCGCGCCCUCCCCCCCCCCGCUCCAGGCCUCCUGCUGCGGCUGUGGGCGGAGCCUGUGGGCGGAGCCUGCUGUGAGACGACCUUCAUCGAUCCCGCCCCCACUUGUUGCUCAGCCGCAUCUUCCCUGCGACUCUCUGACUGCAAGUUACUGGAGCUCAGUGGAGAUGAGGCCAAGACCCCGAUGACCUUUGACCCAGUCAGGAACGAGGAGCUGGAGAGCGACCUCUCCAGCUCCUCCUCUCUCAGUGAUGACACCUUCCUGCUGCUUCCUCCCAGGGAUCAUCGGAGCCUCAGUGUUUUCUCCAUGCUCUGCUGCUUCUGGCCGCUCGGCAUCGCUGCCUUCUACCUGGCGCACCAGGCCAGCCGGGCGGCGUCUACAGGUGACCUCCACCUGGCCGGCUCCGCCUCCAGGCGGGCGCUCUUCCUCGCCGUUCUCUCCAUCACCAUAGGAACCGGGAUCUACGUGGGCGUCGUCGUGGCGAUCGUCGCCUCCCUGUCCAAGAACCAGAAGUGGUAACCAUGGCAACAGCAGCCGGCCGGGCGCCUCAGAGGUUCUGCUGGUUUUGGACCGUUGGGUCUCGUCUGGUUCUGGAUUUUUCUCUGAAGGUUUUUGGAUGUUUGUAAACCUUCAUCAUCAUCAUCAUCAUCAGACUUUACCUGCCAGGUGGAUGAAGAUCCAGGAGAACCUGCUGUGGUUCUGGUCCAGACGGUUCUGAUCCCCACUGGGAGGUUCUGGUUGCUCUGAACUGUUUUCCCGCUGUAGCUGGUUCUGGUUCUGGUUCUGUUCACGGAUUUCCCGGUUCCUGAUUUGAUGGAGCCACGGGCCGGUGGUGCCGGUCCGGCCCAGCAGAACCACGUGGGCCGGGUUUCCCUCAUUGAGCCGUGGACGACUGGUCCAGAAGGUUCUGCAGCUCUGACCUUGAUGCAGGUUCUGUUCAGGUUCUGGUUUCCCUCUGUGAGCCGCGCUGCAACCUGAGCGUCCGGAGCCCGACCCGAGCCGACCCGACCCGACCCGACCCGAGCCGACCCGACCCGAGCCGACCCGACCCGAGCCGAGCCGACCCGACCCGACCCGAGCCGACCCGACUCGACCCGACCCGAGCCGAGCCGACCCGAGCCGACCCGAGCCGAGCCGACCCGACCCGAGCCGACCCGACCCGACCCGAGCCGACCCGACUCGACCCGACCCGAGCCGACCCGACCCGAGCCGACCCGACUUGACCCGACCCGACCCGAGCCGACCCGACCCGACCCGAGCCGGUUCCUCCCCGGUGUUUCUUCCUGCGUCAGCAGAACUAAUCUGUCCUCUGAGCUCAUUAACGUCCUGAUCUGUUUAGCAGAUGGGUCAGAACCCACAGAACCAGAACCGCCGGGUUCUGCAGAAGCUCCAGAGAACUCAGAAUAUCUGAUGAGGCUGUGACCUUUGACCCAGGUGCAGUCUGGGUCCUGGAGCCGUUUUGAGCCGAUCCUCUCCAGAACCGGUCUCCUGUGGUUCUGUUCAUGACCCGUUUAGCUCCAUUUUGUUCCUAAAUAAAUGCAACCUUUGACCUGGACGUCGCUGACCUCUGGAGACGUCUCCAUGACGACGGCCCAGUGGGAUGAUGCUGAAUAAAAGACAGACACUGAUUGGUUCUGGACU